AUAGUCGUAAAGAACGCGUUGCUUUCGAUAAAAUUACUGCGCGUAUUAAUAAAUUAUGUUACGGUCUUGAUUCCAACUUUGUUGACCCUGUAUCUGUAACUCAAAAGGUUAUUUCGGGAGUUUAUCAGGGCGUUAGUACCGUUGAAUUAGAUAAUUUAGCCGCAGAAACGGCAGCGUAUAUGACUACUAAGCAUCCGGAUUAUGCUAUUCUUGCUGCUCGUAUUGCUGUUUCUAAUCUUCAUAAAGAGACUAAAAAGGUCUUCUCCAAUGUUAUUGAAGAUCUUUAUAAUUAUAUAAAUCCAAAAACGGGAAAUAGCGCAUCAAUGAUUUCUGAAAAUACAUAUAAUAUUGUGAUGAAAAACUCUGAAAAGCUUAAUUCGGCUAUCAUUUAUGAUAGAGAUUAUAAAUACAAUUAUUUUGGAUUUAAAACACUUGAACGAUCUUACCUUUUGCGAAUAGAUGGGAAAAUUGCAGAACGACCUCAACAUAUGCUUAUGCGCGUAUCAGUUGGAAUUCAUGGUGAUGAUAUCAAAGCCGCUAUUGAAACUUAUAAUUUAAUGUCAGAAAAAUACUUUACACAUGCCUCUCCAACUUUAUUUAAUGCCGGUACACCACGACCGCAACUUUCAAGUUGUUUUCUAUUAACCAUGAAGGAUGAUUCAAUAGAGGGAAUCUAUGAUACUUUGAAAACGUGUGCAAUGAUUUCUAAAACUGCAGGUGGUAUUGGUUUGAACAUUCACAAUAUUCGUGCGUCUGGAUCUUACAUUGCCGGAACAAAUGGUUAUUCAAAUGGAAUCAUCCCUAUGUUACGUGUAUACAAUAAUACCGCCAGAUAUGUUGAUCAAGGAGGAAAUAAACGUCCAGGAGCGUUUGCUGUUUAUUUAGAAUUAUGGCAUCCCGAUAUCUUUGAUUUUAUGGACUUAAAAAAAAACACUGGAAAAGAAGAAGUUCGUGCCAGAGAUUUAUUUUACGCACUUUGGAUUUCUGACCUUUUUAUGAAAAGGGUGGAAUCUGAUGAAGAUUGGAGUUUGUUUGAUCCAUCUGAAGCUCCUGGAUUAAUGGAUGUUUGGGGCGAUGAAUUCGAAAAAUUAUAUGAAUCAUAUGAGCGUCAGGGACUUGCAAGAAAACGUGUUAAAGCUCAGAAAAUAUGGACGGCAAUUCUAGAAUCCCAAAUUGAAACGGGUACACCAUACAUGCUCUAUAAAGAUUCUUGUAAUCGUAAAUCUAAUCAGCAAAAUCUUGGCACAAUUAAAUGUAGUAAUUUAUGUACUGAGAUUGUUGAAUAUUCAAGUCCAGACGAAGUUGCCGUGUGUAAUUUAGCUAGUAUAGCAUUAUCCAUGUUUGUUGAUAAUAGAAAAUCGUAUGAUUUCAAGCGUUUACAUGAGGUCACAAAAGUUAUAACUCGAAACCUUAAUAAGAUCAUUGAUAUAAAUUACUAUCCUGUUGAAGAAGCUCGCAGAUCCAAUUUCCGCCAUCGACCAAUUGGUAUUGGUGUCCAAGGAUUAGCGGAUGCUUUCCUUGCUAUGCGACUUCCAUUCGAUUCUUUACAUGCCAAGGAACUGAACAGACAAAUAUUUGAAACAAUGUACCAUGGUGCUUUAGAAGCAUCAUGUGAAUUAGCAGAACAACUCGGUCCAUAUGAAACUUAUCAAGGAUCACCAGUUUCUAAAGGCAUUUUACAGUAUGACAUGUGGAAUGUUGUGCCUACUGAUUUAUGGAAUUGGGAUUUAUUGAAACAAAAAAUAGCAAAAUAUGGUGUACGAAAUUCAUUAUUACUGGCACCUAUGCCUACUGCUUCUACAUCACAAAUAUUGGGUUUCAAUGAAUGUUUUGAACCUUAUACGAGUAACAUAUACACACGACGUGUACUUGCUGGCGAAUUUCAAAUUGUAAAUCCUUGGUUAUUAAAAGAUUUGGUGGAAUUAGGAUUAUGGAAUGAUCAAAUGAAAAAUAGAAUAAUAGCGGAUAAUGGAAGUAUUCAGAAAGCUUCCGGGAUUCCGGAAGAACUUAAAGCUUUAUAUAAAACUACGUGGGAAAUAUCGCAGAAAGUGAUUAUUGAUAUGGCGGCAGAUCGUGGCGCCUUUAUUGAUCAAUCUCAGAGUCUUAACAUACAUAUUGCAGAACCAACUAUCGCAAAAUUAACCAGCAUGCAUUUUUAUGGAUGGAAGAGCGGUCUGAAAACAGGUAUGUACUAUCUAAGAACUAAGCCUGCUGCGGAUGCCAUCAAAUUUACUGUUGAUCAAUUAUCUUUAAAAGAAGCUGAAAUCACCAAAUGA